UAGCUCCACCAAUAUAGCAAAAUAAGCCCACAGCAGUGGAGCUAAAGCCAUAAAAUUUGGCUGAUUUGCUACAGUGCACAUCUAAAGAUAGAUGUGCACUGUAGCACUCAUCUAAAAAAAAAAAAAAAAUUUUUAAUCAUCAGCCGAUUAAAAUAAUCACUCCCACUCACUUUUUUUCAUUCUUUUAUUUUAUAUCUCACCGUCUCCUUCUCCCUCACUCUCAACUCCUUCUCCCUCACUCUCAACUCCCAGAUCACUCAUCACCGUCGCCGCCACAGACCACCCAGCCCGACUCCGUCCCUCGCCGUCCCAGCCCAGCCCAGCCACGCCGUCCCAGCCGCAUCUCCCUCACUCAUCUCCCUCACUCAUCACCGUCGCCGCCACAGACCAGCCCAGCCCACGCCGUCCCUCGCCGUCCCAGCCCAACCCAGCCCACGCCGUCGCCGCAUCUCCCUCACUCAUCUCCCUCGCUCAUCGCACUCCAGCUCAUCUCCCUCACUCGUCACCGUCGCCGUCCGUCGCCGUCGCAAGCUCUCAUCUCACUCAUCAAGCUCUCCACGCCGUCGCCGUCCCAGCCCAGCCCACGCCGUCGCCGUCGCCGUCGCCGUCCCAGCCGAUCCACUUCAGGUCAGUGCUCUCUCUUUUCUAUUGUAGUGAAUUUUUUCUGUUAUUUGGUCUCUGUGCACAUGAAUUUUUUCUGUUUUUUCUGUUCUGGGUUUAGUGUGAUUUUGUGGUUGGAAAUUUUGUGUGGAUUAUGUGUGGAUUAUGUGUGGAUUAUGCAGGAAUUGGUUGUGUGGAUUAUGUGUCUCUGUAUUGGAAAUUUUGUGUUUGGAAAUUUUGUGUUAUUUUGUUGAGUGGAUUCUGUGCACUCUGUAUUGGGAAUUUUCUAUUUGCAGGAAUUGGUUGUGUGGAUUAUGUGGUCUCUUAGUGUGAAUUUGUGGUCUCUGUGCCCUUGGAAUUGGUUGUGUGAAUUUGUGCGGGAAAGCUAUGUUUUGUUGUUAGUGUAAAUUGUGUGCACAAAACCACGUUCCUGUGUUGCAUAAAACCAAAAUUGACUCAUGGCUCAUAUAAAUGUCUCUGUAAUAUAACCUAUCAAAAAAAAAAAAUGUCUCUGUAAUAUAAAUGUAAGUUUAUUGUGUAAUUUAUCUAUGUAAUUUGUUGUGUCGAUAUAAAUGUUAGUUUGGAAAUUUUCUGUGUGCAGGGAAGUUUAUAUAUAUAUUUUCUAAUUUUAUGGAGUCACGUAGGGACACAGAGUUACAUAGAGACCUAACAUUUAUCACGGGUAUCAUGAACGGGGAUAUAGAAAUUGACUCUCAAUUUUUGGGAACGUCUCAAAAUACUCCUACGUCAGUUUCUGAUUCUCCACCUCCACCACCACCACAAGUUGAAAAUACCUCUUCUACAAAAGGAAAACGGGGCUCUAAUUUUACUGUAGAGGAAGAUAAACUUUUAGUGGCAGCAUGGCUCAAUACUAGUGUUGAUGCCAUAAGCAGUAAUGAACAAACACAAAAUACCUUUCGUCAAAAAGUUUGGGAAUAUUUUAUGCAGUACAAUACAUCCGGUACCACACGCACUGUUAUCUCCUUACUAAGUCGUUGGGGUACGAUUAGUGAAAAGACAAAUAAGUUUGCUGGGUGUAUGGCUCAAAUUAACGCACUUCAUCAAAGUGGUAUAACCGAAGAAGAUAAGAUUAUCAAUGCGAAGGCUUUGUAUUUAGAGAAGUACAAGAAACCCUUUCUUCUUGAUCAUUGUUGGCUCAUGUUAAAGGACCAACCAAAGUUUGCCGAUCCUAAUAAUGCUAGAUCGAGAUCAUAUGUGCCUCCAACUUCAGAGCCAAUAUCUAUUAGUGAAGGGGAUUGUGGGUCCGGACUUGGUGACACUUCUAACUUGGAGAGACCUAUUGGUAGGAAGGCCGAAAAGGCCAUCCGAAAGAACAAAGCCGCCGGAAAAGAUGUAGGGGAAUAUUUGAACAAAAAAUUGAAAUUGAUUGAGGAUGUAACUCGGUUGGAAGAGGAAAAAAUGUCUUUUGAGAGGGAAAAACUUGCAAUUGAAAAGGCAAGUAGGGAAGAAAAACUUAAGAUUGAGAGGGAAAGAAUGAUUAUUGAGAAGAAAAAAUGUGAGCGAGAAGAAAGGUUAGAGGAAGAGAGAAUCAUGAUGAUAGAUACAAGUGGCUUAACCGGAGCACAAAAAGCUUUUUAUGAACAACUCCAAGAGGAAAUCAUGGCAAAACGAAGAUCAUGUAGUUAA